UUCUGACUUGACAGCAGCAUCUGUGUUUGUGCGAUUUUUCGUGAUAAUUUUUGAAACCAUUCAGAAAGUGAGAGUGAAAUUAAAUUUGCUGAAGCUCUUAAACUGUAAAAAAUGGAUUCAUUUUCUGUAAAGGAAGUUUCUUGUCCGAUCUGCUGUGAAAUCUUCAAGGCACCUGUUCUUCUGUCAUGUAGUCACAGUUUCUGUGAGGAGUGUCUUCAACAGUUCUGGAGGACCAAGAACACUAGGGAGUGUCCUGUCUGCAGGAGAAGAUCCUCAAGAGAUGAUCCUCCAUCUAAUCUUGUGUUAAAAAACUUGAGUGAGUCGUACCUGAAGGAGAGGAGAGAUAAGACGCGUCCAUCAGUGUCUGAGGAGGCCUGCAGUUUACACAGUGAGAAACUCAAGCUCUUCUGUCUAGACGACAAACAGCCUGUGUGUUUAGUGUGCAGAGAUUCACAGAAACAUGUCAAUCACACAUUCAGACCCAUCAGUGAAAUAGUUUCAUCUCAUAAGGAGGAGUUGACGUCCUUACAAGAGAAACUUAAACACAUAGAGGAAUUUAAGGAAGAGUGUGUGAAAACACUUCAACACAUUCAGUCUCAAGCGGAGCACACAGAGUGUCAGAUAAAACUGGAGUUUGAGAAGCUUCAUCAGUUCCUCAGAGAUGAAGAAGAAAUUGCAAUCACUGCGCUGAGGGAGGAAAAGGAGCGGAAGAAUCAGAUGAUGCAGGAGAAGUUUGAGGAGAUCAACAGACACAUCUCCGCUCUUUCACACACAAUCAGAGGCAUGGAGAAGUUGAUGAAUGCCAGUGAAUUCUUGUUUCUAAAGAACUUUCCAGAUGUGAUGGAAAGAGUCCAGAGCUUACGGUCGGAUCCACAGCUGGCUUCUGGAGCUUUGAUUAAUGUGGCACGUCACCUGGGCAACCUGCCAUUCAGAGCCUGGAAGAAGAUGCAAGACAUUGUCCAACACACUCCUGUGAUUCUGGAUCCGAACACGGCUCAUCCAGAUCUCCUCUUGUCUGAUGAUCUGACCAGUCUGGUGUGCAGCACCCACAGUCAAGUGCUUCCUAAUAAUCCAGAGAGAUUCGAUGAGCACUCCUGUGUUCUGGGUUCAGAGGGGUUUAACUCAGGAACACACUGCUGGGACGUGGACGUCAAAGAGAGCUCGUCCUGGAGUCUCGGAGUAACUACAGCAUCAAACCAGAGGAAGGGUUAUGAUUUCUUUGACAGUGGUGUGUGGAGUGUGCAGCACAGACUGUUUGAAGAGUCUGGUUUUCUUGUUGUACAAAAGCUGGAGCGGGUGAGAGUUUACCUGGACUAUGAGAGAGGGACAGUGUCGUUCUCUGAUCCUGUAAAGAACACACUUCUGUACACAUUCACAACCACCUUCACUGAGACCGUCUUUCCAAUCCUUUAUAGCUUUUCUCAUCUGAGGAUCUUAUAGUAGAAGUGUUUGAAAAAGUUAUUUAUGUAGAUUAGGAGGAAUUUUUCAGGGCAUAUUUCAUUUUUUUUAUUUCUUAGUAUGAAUAAAAGUAUGAAGCUUUUUCCUGUAAUAGAAUGGAAAUUAUUUUGAGGAUGUUUCACUGAAGAAAAAAAAUAAUGCAGAUGUUUUAUUCUUUUUAAGAUAAAUGCUUUGCUGUUGACAUGAUUAUCACCAGUACAGCGAUUGGGCCGCUGCAGGUGAUCACAUGGGGAAGUCGUGGCCU